AUAUAUGCAUAUAUAGAGAGAGAGAGCUUUGUGCUGUACUUCACACUUUGUUGUAGAGAGAAGAUUAAAAAAAAAAAAUAAAGAAAAAAGAAAAAUAAAGAGAAAAGAGAGAAAGCAAAAGGUCAUGGAGAAUGUGAGUAUGAAUUGGUAGCAAAGAAACCUCAUUAUCAUUCUCAAUUUACAACUACAAGCUUACUAAUACUGGUGCUGCAAAAACUAUUACAGCUACAAAAGAUAUUGUCUUUCGUUUCUUUUCUCUUGUCUCUCUUUCUUAUUCUCUCUGUUCUUUUUGGCUCUCUGUUUUCUAUUCUGGAUCUUUCUCUGAAACCCUAGUGGCUCUGCUCUUGAACUUGAAGAGCCUCCAAGAAAGAUCGUUAUUUAUGAUGAUGGUGAUUUGACGGUGAGAUUGUGAAGCUUUUUUAUUUUUAUUUUUUUAUUUGGUUGGGAAAUCUUGGUGCCACACAACAAAAAGAUUGUUGUUUGGUAAGGAGGCAAUGGCUGCCGAGGGAACAUUGUUUUCGGUUGCGUCUGUGGUGGAAGAUGUGCUGCAACAGCAUGGCAAUCGUCUCAGAGAUCUUGAUUUGGAUUCUAGAAAAGCUGAAGAAGCCGGAUCAAGAAGGAAUGAAGCGGCUGGGUGGCUGAGAAAGAUGGUAGGAGUGGUUGCAGCUAAGGAUUUGCCUGCAGAGCCUUCAGAAGAGGAACUUAGGCUUGGACUCCGAAGUGGGAUCAUCCUCUGUAAUGUUCUUAAUAAGAUUCAUCCAGGAGCUGUGCCGAAGGUGGUGGAAAGUCCAUGUGAUUCUGCUUUGAUACCCGAUGGAGCAGCAUUGUCUGCAUUUCAAUACUUUGAAAAUGUUAGGAACUUCCUUGUGGCAGUGCAGGAGAUGGGGAUUCCUACUUUUGAGGCAUCUGAUUUGGAACAAGGAGGGAAAUCAGCAAGAGUAGUGAAUACCGUUUUGGCACUUAAAUCCUACACUGAAUGGAAACAGACCGGGGGAAAUGGAGUAUGGAAAUUUGGUGGAAAUGUAAAACCUACAAUCACGUCAACAAAAUCUUUUGUAAGAAAAAAUUCAGAGCCAUUCACAAAUUCCUUAUCCAGGAAUGCAUCGGUGACUGAAAAAUCUUUGAAUACUCUAUCGUCCAACCCCGACUCUAAUAAAAUGUCUAGUUCUGGCUCGUUGAGUAUGCUUGUUCGAGCAGUUUUAUUAGAUAAGAAGCCUGAUGAAGUUCCUAUGUUGGUGGAAUCUGUGCUAAGUAAGGUAGUGGAGGAAUUUGAGCACCGUAUCGCAAGCCAAUAUGACCUGACAAAGGCAUCUUCUAAAGAUGUGGCAGUUUCUCAAGGCAACAAGUCUCUAGUGAAGUCUAAUUCUGUUGCUAAGAAGAUGGAAGACAAAAAUGCCAAUGUAGUAAAGAAAGAUGACUUCCAACAUAACCACAUUGCAAAUGAGGAAUCAAAACGCCAGCUACAAAAACAGAAAAUGAUCUUUGAUAGACAGCAAAGAGAUAUUCAGGAACUAAAGAAUAAUAUUUACACAGCAAAAGCUGGUAUGCAAUUUAUGCAGAUGAAGUUUCACGAAGAGUUCCACAACCUUGGUUUGCACAUUCAUGGUCUAGCUCAUGCUGCAUCUGGAUAUCAUAGAGUUCUUGAAGAAAACCGAAAAUUAUACAAUCAAGUACAGGAUCUCAAAGGAAGUAUCAGGGUCUACUGUCGAGUGAGACCCUUCUUGUCUGGACAACCAAGCUAUUUGAGCUCUGUGGGUAAUACAGAAGAUGGAAAUAUCACAAUUAACACCCCUUCAAAGCAUGGGAAAGGAGGCAGGUCCUUCAGCUUUAACAAAGUCUUUGGGCCAUCUGCAUCCCAAGCUGAGGUCUUCUCUGAUAUGCAGCCACUAAUCCGGUCUGUUCUUGAUGGUUACAACGUUUGCAUCUUUGCUUAUGGUCAAACGGGAUCUGGAAAAACUUACACUAUGACUGGACCUAGAGAGCUUUCAGAGAAGAAUCAAGGGGUAAAUUAUAGAGCAUUGGGAGAUUUGUUUCUGAUAGCAGAUCAGAGAAGGGAUACUUUCCAUUAUGAUGUUGCUGUUCAGAUGAUUGAGAUAUAUAAUGAGCAAGUCAGAGAUCUCCUAGUUGCUGAUGGAACUAAUAAAAGAUUAGAAAUUCGUAAUAGUUCUCAGACAGGACUUAGUGUACCAGAUGCAAAUCUUGUUCCAGUGUCAUCAACAUUGGAUGUGAUUGAUCUAAUGAAUCUUGGACAAAGGAACCGUGCUGUGGGUGCUACGGCACUAAAUGAUCGAAGUAGUCGUUCUCACAGUUGCUUGACUGUUCAUGUACAAGGAAGGGAUUUGACAUCUGGAACCAUUCUCCGUGGCUGCAUGCAUCUUGUUGAUCUAGCUGGAAGUGAGAGAGUUGACAAAUCUGAGGUGACAGGGGAUAGAUUGAAGGAGGCACAACAUAUUAACAAAUCUCUCUCAGCUUUGGGUGACGUGAUUGCUUCCCUUGCCCAAAAGAAUCCACAUGUCCCAUAUAGAAACAGCAAACUUACACAGCUUCUCCAAGAUUCACUCGGUGGGCAAGCCAAGACGCUUAUGUUUGUUCACAUUAGCCCCGAGCCUGAUGCUCUCAAUGAAACAAUUAGUACGCUUAAAUUUGCAGAGCGGGUUGCGACAGUUGAACUAGGGGCUGCCAAAGUGAACAAAGAUACUUCAGAUGUUAAAGAACUCAAAGAACAGAUUGCCAGUCUUAAGGCAGCAUUGGCAAGGAAAGAAGAGGAGACAGAUAAUAACCAGCGCUCUGUAUCUGGCAGCUCCGACAAAUACAGGAUGAAAUCUAGUGAAUCUUCACCUUUUCAUUUAAACAUUCAGACAGCAGAUAUGUUGGCCGAUCACAAUGCAUGUCGGCAGCCAAUGACUGAUGUUGGCAACAGAGAGCAUCGCAACAAUUCUGCCCUGAGGCAAAAAAGACAUCAAAGCUUCGAUCUUGAUGAAAUACUAGCAAAUUCACCUCCUUGGCCACCAGUGAAAAGUCCUGGACAGAACUACGGGGAGGAUGAUAAAGACACGGGGUCGGCUGAGUGGGUUGAUAAGGUGAUGGUGAACAAGCAAGAAGCUAGCAGAGUUGAAAACCCUUUGGUAGGAUGUUGGGGAGCAGACAAUGGUAAUUUGUCUGAUAUGUUUUACCAGAAGUAUCUACCAGAUGCUUCAAAGAUUUACCCUGAACAAUCUUACAACAUGUUCACGGGAAGCAACAGGUUCAAUGGUGCUAGUACUGAUGAAAUGGAUGAUCUUGAUGCUGCCACCAGUGAUUCUUCAGAGCCAGAUUUGCUCUGGCAAUUCAAUCAAACAAAACUUACCACCGGCAUUACCAAUGGUAUUGUGGCAAAAACCAAGAAAUCUAAUGCCAAACCAGCCAAGAGCCCAGAUCUAAGCAAAACUUUUAGUCCUCUUGGCCCUUCACCUUCCCGAAAACCUUCAAACGGGGCUCUGCAACGUAGUGGGAGGCAGCCAGCUCCAGUUGAUAUGAAACGCAAAACGGGGACUAGAAAGUAGAAGUGUUAACUUGACACGUGGAAAGGGUGAUUUUUUUUUUAUUUUUUUUUUGGUUUCUCAUUUUUUGUUUUUUUUGAAUUUGUUUACAGAGAGAAGAGAUUUUACAUAUUCUUCUUUGUUUAUUGUAAUUUUAUCACACAGUUAACUGCAGCAAUAAAUCCAGUUGCUUGUAUAGUUGAAUUGACAUAUAUAUAUUUUUUAUUUUUUGUUCA